AUGAGCACUAGCAUUGAUAUUCGUGUUAAAAAAGCGAAUAAAAUAUAUCAUGAAGGUGACUCCAUUACUGGAACAAUUGUCAUCCAGACACCAGGAGAAAUUAAACAUGAAGGAAUAACAUUAACAAUGGAAGGGCUAGUUGAACUACAAUUAAGUCCAAGAAAUGUCGGAAUUUUUGAAGCUUUCUACAAUUCUGUCAAGCCAGUGCAAAUCUGUCAUGUUGUCGUAGAAAUAUCUGGACCUGGAAAAAUACCUUCAGGAAAAACAGAUAUUCCUUUUGAGGUUCCUUUACUUCCUAGAGGAAAUAAAACCAUUUAUGAAACUUACCAUGGAGUUUUUGUUUAUAUACAGUAUACAUUGAAGUGUGAUUUGAAGAGAGGGUUCUUAGCAAAAGGUCUAAUGAAGAUGGCAGAAUUUAUUGUUGAAUAUAAACCAUCUAAUUGCACUAAAGCGGUUCCCAAAAAAGUAGAUUUUGUGAUAACGCCUGAAUCUCUAGAAGGACCAAGAGAUUUGGGAACUAUACCAAGAUUUAAAAUAAGUGGUUUUAUAGACUCUGUUGUUUGUUGCAUAACUAAACCAUUUACUGGACAGAUUAAGAUUGAACACACCGAAAUCCCAAUAAAAUCUAUUGAGUUGCAAUUAGUAAGGGUAGAAACCUGUGGGUGUGCUGAAGGAUAUGCAAAGGAUGUUACAGAAAUACAGAGCAUUCAGAUUGGUGAAGGUAAUGUUGCCACAAAUUUAUACAUUCCAAUAUACAUGAUUUUCCCAAGACUGUUCACUUGUCCUACUCUAAUCACAACAAACUUCAAAGUAGAAUUUGAGAUAAAUGUUGUGGUCGUGUUUGAAAAUGAUCAUCUUGUCUCGGAAAACUUUCCAAUAGUGUUAACACGAGCAUGA